AUGACUGCAAAAAUUCUGAUUUUAUUAGGGUUAUUCGUUAUAGUUGCUUGGUAACUGGUGGCUAGAUGCACUUGUUAGUAGUUAUUUUGGGAGGAAGAAUGUUUACUUGGAGGAUGCUUUUGGAAGAAUGAUAUUUGUAUUUAGGUGAGUUGUGAGAAUAGGAUCAGUGAUUCAGAAUGCAAUUAAACCACAACGACUGAUGAUUGGAAUCCCAAUUGUAAAUGGGUUGAUGAGAAAUGUUUAGACAUUGAUACUUAUCAUUGCAAUGACACAUGCACAAAUUCAUCUAUCUGCGAAGUUGAUGACACUGAGUCCUGUUAAAUAAAAUAUACAUUAGAUAGAAAACAUUGUAGUGACUUUUCAACCAAUAAUUGCAACAUACAAUUAAGUAAUUAUGAGUUCUGUGAGAAACAUGAUCAUGCAUGCUCUUCUGUGACAUACGAAACAAAAUGCAAUGAGAUUCUUACAGAAAAGGCAUGCAAUGGUUUGGGAUGUUAUUGGGAUGCUAAGAAGACUUAAUCUAAAUGCAAUUCAAAGGAGUGUCUCUAUUUUGAUCAACCAAAUUGUUUAUGGACGAUUAAUGGAGAGAGAAAAUUCACUUUUUGUAGUUGGAAUGAAACAAGAGCAUUUUGUUAGGAAUCAAACGAUACAACUCCAUUCACCAACAUAUCUAGAUGUAGUUUGGAUUCCAAUUUUAUCUAUCAUUUUGAUAAUAGCACAGGUAAUCAGGAAUGUUAAGCCUGUGUUGAUCCAGCCGAAUUAUAUUCUCAAUUAUUUUAGAUAAUUUCAUUUGCAGUAAUAACUCUAUAUUGA